GCAUCGCCCGUCGCUCAAUCCGAUUCGAACGGCCAGCGAAGGCGAACGUGCGGCUAGCGAACUCGCGCGUCCGAGCAAGCGUGGUGUGUGGACAGAGUUUUCGAAGUGUGUGAUACGUGCGUGGUUUCAUCGUGCUGAAGAAAUACUCGAAACUAUCCCAAUUCCGUUUGAAUAAUUCAAACACUUUGUCGCGUGAGCCAGCCAAGAAACCCGAACGUGAAGAGUUUUCGGGGGCUCCUAAUCUAAACCUGUUUGCUGGUGUUGUUUGUGUGGAUCGAAAUUGUGUGAUCUUCCCCAUUCGAUAUUGAGUUUUAGAGGUGGAUUUGUGGUGAAACAAGUUAUUGGCCGGUACGGGCUCAGAAGUUGUGUGCCAGUUUCGGGAGUUUCGGCAUUUUCGACCGGUCGGAAGUUCCUGGUUCUCCAGUGCGAAACGGGAGUGAGAGUGAGUCGGCGAGUCGUUUCCGCGUGUGGGUGAUUGUGUGUAAGUGUGUCUGUGACCGCAAUAUCUUGUCUGGGGAAUUCUUGAAUUUCUUGCCGAAAACAAAAUCGAAGAUAAUCAACCCCGAUAGCCCCACAAGCAAAGUUAGCGACGCGGGCUCGCGAGUGAUCAACAUUAGUGUGUGUGUGUGAUCUUACCGGUUAGAAGGGGCAUCUUUGCCGGGCAAGAUAGGAAAUAAGAGAAACCGGACUCGCUCGCUGACCUGCGAUAGAAAGGCUGUGGUGUGCCUAUCGAGAACAGAGAAGUGUUUGAAUUUCCCGAAUCGAGCCCGUUCUUCCCAAAAUUCCACACCGGAACAGGUUUCGGUAGACAUAACCGCUGUCUGUAUGCAAAAACAACCUCUCUGUUCGGAAGCUGUGGACGAUUUUUAGCGUGUGCUUUGGCGGGAUAAAGAUGGACCGCAGGUAGGCGUGAGAAGGAGAAGUGGAAGCAGUAGGAGGCAAAAAAAGGUACAUAUUCCCUCAGUUCCGCGUUUCGGUGGUUCAGUACGGUUCGAGACGCGAGCAAGGAUGCAUGCGGCCAGGAUAGUUGCCUGCCUGCUCGUCCUGUUCGGUGUGCGGUCUAGUGUGUGCAGUUUGCCGUGCGAUUUCAUAGAUUCGGUCAACAUUACCGAUGGCGAACGGUUGCCGAAUGAUGAGAUCCGGCACAACGGUGUGAUCUACAACAAGACGUACUACCGGGUGAUCGAUUACGACUACCAGGACUUUGCUACGAAAAGGUACGUGCCGAACUAUGUGCGCGGCUGCCUGUGCGCGGUGCGGAUCUGUGUGCGGCUGUGCUGCGGCGAGCACGAGUAUCUUGGGAAGCGGUGCACGCACACGGACGACUAUCUGCCGAUCCUGGUGAACGUGAGCGCGACGGAAGCGGUCGAUCUGCGGAACCAUUCACUGUACGGGUUCCUGUACGGGAAGCCGUGCGAGCAGGUGUACGAGCUGCUGCCGGAGGAAAGCCCGGCCGACGAGUGGAGCAUCGCGAGGAACGGCAGCCUUAUCAUUGCGGACGAGCUGCUUAUCCAACGGAACCAGUACUGCCUAGCGCCGAGACAGAAUAAUGGCUUCGCCUCCGGACUCGUCUGCUUCACCACGAACGAAGAGUUCAAGUACAAUCUUUAUCCGGUCGGCAUGCUGCUGUCCGUUCCGUUCCUGCUGCUCACCUUCUUCGUGUACGCCUGCAUACCGGACCUGCGGAACAUGCACGGCAAGUCGCUGAUGUGCUACGUGCUGGGCUUGAGCGUCGGGUACACCGUACUGUCGAUGGUGCAGCUGCGUGUCUUCCCCGGCUUGAGCGCGUCCUGCGUAAUCUCCGGGUACAUCGUUUACUUCUCGUUUAUGGUCAGCUUCUUCUGGCUGAAUGUGAUGUCGUUCGACAUUUACUGGACGUUCAAAGGCGUCACGGGUGUUCGCAGCUCGGAAACGAAGAAAUUUCUCCUGUACUCACUGUACGCCUGGGGCUGCCCGAUCCUGCUGGUAGCGACGGCAAUUAUAGCGGAUUACACCGACAUCUUGCCGAUCUAUUUGCGGCCCCAGUUUGGUACGACCAGGUGUCUCUUUGUUGAAAACAAGCUGAUCGAAUUCCUGUAUCUGUACAUGCCGCUGCUGAUUCUGGUGUUUAUGAAUGUGGUGUUUUUCGUCAUUACUGCGCUGCGUAUCUACAAGAUACAGUGUGAAACUUCGGUGGUGCGCCGGGGUGACUCGAAACGGCACACCAAACUUGACAACGACCGUGAUAGAUUCGGACUCUACCUGCGACUGUUUAUCGUGAUGGGAGUCACCUGGUCGCUGGAGAUUAUCUCCUGGGCCGUCGAUAAUAACGCCUGGAUAUUUUACGUCUCAGACGUGUGUAACUGCAUUCAAGGAUUUCUCAUUUUCGCCCUGUUUGUGUUGAAGCAGAAAAUUAAACGAUUAAUCUACAAAAAGUUCGGUAUACGGGAGAUCCGACAGGAGCAGAAGACGUCAUCGUGCAGUACGCGAACAACGGCCACCAUGGUUUCGUCCUACCAGGAGUCCAAGUCGGACAACCCGCUGGGUCUGAACGGUGCGAAAGUAAAGCGUGUUAAUAAAACAAGGGUCACGAAUACUUACGGUACAAAUUGGGUUCGGUCGCGCGCGUCAAAAGCCCCAAGUGUGAUGAUGAUGUGCGGUGAAGUGACGCAACGUGUGCCUUCUUAUCGGGGCAUGAUAAGACCACGUCCGGCACAGCGGCGGCAGUGUUGGUGGUGGCAUUCGAUGGCAUUGCUUUGCCUGGGGACGCUGUUCCUCCGUAUCGGUGACGUCGCUGCAGCAAAAACUCCCUGUCCUUUGGUGCAGUCCGUCGAUAUUAGCAACGGCGUGGAGAAUGCGGACGGUUCUAUCGAGCUGGACGGCGUUCGGUACGGGUCCAAUCAGUACUUUCGCGAUGCCAACUCAACCGUCCGCGGAUGUGUGUGCCUCGUGCGCCAGUGUCUACACAUCUGCUGCCCAAUGGGGUCGCCUGAAGGCGAACCCUGUCCACCGGUGGCGCUGAACGUGAACUUCUCCAUGACACCGGACGGGACGGUGCACGAUGUGCGCAACCUGCUGGACAGUCCGAACUACCAUCUGCUUUACUUCAAUCCGGAAUGUUCCGGCGCGCUGCUAACACUGUACGGGGACGAGUACAUCGUGCGAUCGGACGGAUUGCUGGCGUACGGUGCGUCGACGUACGACUAUCGGCACUACUGCUUGCAGGCCGACGAACCGACCGCACUCGCCGGCUACUGCGAAACGGUGGACGUACUCGCGAUGCAUCGCAUGUACUCGAUCGGCAUCAUCCUGUCGCUUCCCUUCCUGGUGGCAACGUUCGUCGUGUACGCCCUGCUGCCCGAGAUGCAAAACAUCCCCGGCAAGUCGCUGAUGUGCUACGUGGCGUGCCUGACCGUCGGCUACCUGCUGCUGGCGCUGAUGCGCUUCAGCGUGUACAGCUACCGGUCGGGCUGGUGCGUCGCGACCGGGUAUCUGGUGUACGCGGCCCUGCUCGCCAGCUUCUUCUGGCUGAACGUGAUGGCGUUCGAUAUUUUCUGGACGUUCGGGGGCAGCCGGGGCCGGUCGAGCGAGCGGCGCAAGUUCCUGUACUACAGCCUGUACGGGUGGGGUGCACCGCUGGUUAUCGUGGCGCUCGUAGCCCUGCUGGACAACACCGAGUUCGUACACGAGUCGAUGCGGCCCCAGAUCGGUGCGGAGCAGUGCUUCGUCAGCACGGAGAUGCUGAUUGGGUUCCUGUACAUGUACCUGCCCAUGCUGCUGCUCGUAAGUGCCAAUGUGACGUUCUUUGCCGUGACGGCGUACCGCAUCUUUCGCAUGGAACAGGCGACCGCUUCCGCUCUGUCUGGGGAAUCCCGGCGCCACACCAAGUACGAGAAGGAUCGCAACAGAUAUAGUUUGUAUUUGCGGCUGUUUAUCAUCAUGGGCGUGACCUGGACGGUGGAGUUCGUUACCUGGCUGGUGCGCGAACCGUCCUGGCUCAUCUAUCUGGUCGAUAUCUGCAACUGUCUGACGGGCAUCUUCAUAUUCGUGCUGUUUGUGUGGAAGCAAAAGGUGAAGCAGCUGCUGCUGAAACGAUUCGGUUUCUCCCAGGCCUCCGCCAGUCGGAACGAUCAGCACACCAACAGCACCAUCAGCACGACGCGUACGACCGACCUGAAGGCAAACGCGGAGACGCGCCUGACGGAUGUGACUCACGGGAAUUGAUGGAAUGUUUACGCAAUGGACGCGAGCACGACGCACCGACCGACCGACCGACCGGCUGCAGCAGUUAAUGUAUUCGCGAAAACCGCGGGCUAAUGUACUGCCGUCUUCAAUUGGUGAUCGACCAUUGUUUCAUGUACGGAUGAUGAUUGACCAUUAGGCGUGCGAGCAUGGCCAUGACCACCAACCUUAACUGGCAAUCAGUGCAAGUAUAUUGCUGUUUGCUUUUUUAUGGCACAUUUCGUCUGAUCUUUUGGGGAAGGUUCAAGUGUGUGUGUGUGUGUGUGUGUGUGUGGAGCGUGCGAAAUGAUGCAUCUUCGAUCACAUGACCUCAUUGUAUUGUAGGGCUUUCCUUUCCUGUCGAUAUCGGAUAAAGACUUUCUUCACAGAUACACAACAGUCAUUGACUACAUCGUUUUGAAAAAAAGUAUUAAUUUUAUGAAUCCUUCCUCUUCUAUUUGGCUUAAUGUCCUAUAGGGACCUGCUGGCAUAUAUUGGCUUUUGAGACUUAAUUCAGUAUAACUCACCCGUAUAGUAAGUCCUUGCUACGAGGGGACGAUCCAUUAUAGGCUUGACCCCAUGACGAGCAUGUUGUUGAGUCGUACGAGCCGUACGUAAAAUAAUCGUUAAGUAUUCCAAAGUCACACGCAACACGAAUGGAAUAGCGAAUACUCAUGCAAAAACUGGUAAAUCGAUAGGAACAAUUCAAACUGUUGAAAUAUUUCACACCUGCUAUGAAAUAUUUCAAAUCGAGCCGGUCGAGCAAAUGUUUCAUCGAUUUUCAUUUAAAAAUUUAACUCCAACCGUCAUUUCCAAUCACGUUUUGACGGGUGAUUUUGAUAAGAAGAACAAAAAAUAUGCAAAAAUACUUACCUAAUCGUAUGUUUAACUGUAAUCGACUAAAUUAUAUGAAAAGUUACUUAACGAGCAUCCAGCAUUUGAACAAUAGUUAUUCGAAAAUAGCUUAGUGAAAGACAUUCGCAAUGUAAAUCAGUGUUAAUUCCUUGUACUCUUCAGAGUACUUCUAUCUACCUCUCUACAUCCAUAUUAAACUAUUCCAGUGAGAUACGCGAAGCAGUACAAGCGAUCGCACCAACAGCCACAAUGACUCACCAACAUGCAUGCAUUAAAGUGAUUCAUAAAUCUUGAUAUUUUCAACGCAUUAGGUAAACACAACCAUGCAGAGCCAGAUAACAACCAUCUGUUGCUAGUGUGCGCGCUUUACAUUCUGUAUAUUUUGGUAUGUUUUGUGCGGUAUCGUCGCUGGUCGUUUGAAUUCAACUACAAAACUGCUUUGUACGUUUUGAAAUAGUGUAUGUUUAGUUUACUAAUUUUACAACAACACAAUGUGUAAAGAGUAUUGCAUCGAUACAAGAGAUAGUAGUAUUGUGUUAAGCCGAAGAAUAAAUCUUUAUUUGUUCAAUGUCAA